CAGCAAGAUGCUUUGGCGCUGGGAGUAUGUGAUCUUGGCCGUGCUGAUCCUGGCCGAGCUCAGCCAAAUGGGCGAUGCGGUGGCGACUGCUAAAAGAAACAGGCGACAGAGAAACGCCAAUGGAAAAAAUAUGGCAGUAAGGAGCAACCGCAACAGAAAUACAGCCAGAAAACUAUCCGCCAAAAAGGUCAAUCAAAAUAAGAAAACUUCAACUCCAGCCAAAAUCCAAUCGAGGAUUGUGGGUGGCAGCAGCACAACGAUUUCCACGACUCCCUACAUUGUCCAGUUGCGCCGGGGAUCUAAUCUGUGUGGAGGUUCAUUGAUUAACAGCCAGUGGGUCUUAACCGCCGCCCAUUGUGUGAAAGGACACAGUGCCUCCGAUUUUACGGUCUGCGGAGGGAGCACCACAUUAGAUGGCAGCGAUUGCGUCAAUCGCACCGUCAGCUCCGUCCACGUGGCGCCCAAGUUCACCAGCAAAAAAAUGAACAUGGAUGCGGCGCUGCUCAAGUUGAACGAAACCCUAACGGGCACAAAUAUUGGAACCAUAUCGAUGGCUACAAAUCGGCCAAAGCCAGGAUCAAAAGUACGCAUUGCGGGUUGGGGAGUAACUGCGGAGGGAGGGACUUCCGCCACCAAAACGCUACAGGCCACUGAAAUACGAGUGUCCAAACAGAAAAAGUGUCGGACGCAGUAUCGCAAAAAGACCAAGAUCACCAAUUACAUGUUCUGUGGCCGCGCAGCCGGCAAGGAUAGCUGCAGCGGAGAUUCCGGAGGUCCUGUGACCAAGGACAACUCCCUGCUGGGCAUCGUAUCCUUCGGUUAUGGAUGCGGCAGAGCCGGAUUUCCAGGUGUCUACACAGCUGUGUCCACUAUCCGCACAUGGGCCAACAAGGUUAUGGCCGAUAAUUAGGAGUCUGAAGUCUGAACGAUAGAAAACUAAAUGAACUAGAUAUUAAG